UCUGGACGCUGCUGCGUGCGCACUUUAUGCCAUCACGCACCCGCAGCUCCCCUCCUGCUUGAUUUUGAAGCAUUGGGCCGACUACCAGUCUCACCUUGCUGUCCUCACAUAAACCCCACGGCAUUGCCCAGACCUAAUCCUACCCAUCCCACCCAUUCUCUCAGGCCAAGCCGGAUCACACAGACCAUGCCUUCUCGCGACAACGUCCACUAUUUCGGCGCAGGACCGGCUCCGCUGCCCACGGCCGUCCUCGAGAACGCCUCGCAGGCCCUGCUCAACUUCAACGACACCGGGCUCGGCAUUGCUGAGCACUCGCACCGUUCAGAGCUCGCCUCCAACAUUCUCAACACCGCCAAGGCGGAUCUCGCCUCUUUCCUCGACGUCCCCGACGACUAUGACAUCCUCUUCAUGCAGGGCGGCGGGUCCGGUGAGUUCUCAGCAACUGUCUACAACCUCGUCGGCGCCUGGGUCACCCGCAAAAAGUCAGAGAUCGCCAAGAGCCUCGGCCUCGAUGCCGACAAGGAUGCUACCAACGAAAAGCUUGUCGCGGCUCUCAAGUCUGCCGUCGACUCUGAGCUCAAGCUCGACUACCUCGUGACUGGCAGCUGGUCUCUCAAGGCUUACAAGGAGGCCGGCCGUCUCAUCGGCGAGGAGUAUGUCAACAUGGCCACUGAUUCGCGCAAGGUUAAUGGUGGCAAGUUUGGCAAGAUUCCCGAGGAGAGCUCAUGGUCUGUCUCAAAAGACCCGGCCAUGGUGUACUUCUGUGACAACGAGACUGUCGACGCCGUAGAGUUUCCGGCCUUCCCAGAAUCGCUCAAGCCCAAGGCCGAUGGGACUGGUCCCAUCGUGGUGGCAGACAUGUCUUCCAAUAUUCUCUCAAGACGCAUCCCGGUCAAGAACUAUUCCGCCAUCUUCUUCGGCGCUCAGAAGAACCUUGGAUCUACUGGAAUCACGGUUGUGAUAAUCAAGAAGAGCCUCCUCCCUCCUGCGUGCCCUCAGCCACCAGCUUCGCUCAUGAGAAAGCUUGGCCUCCCUGUCGCCCCGGUCGUCCUCUCCUAUGAGACCAUUGCUGCUAACAACAGCUUGUACAACACACUGAGCAUUUUCGAUGUAUAUGUCGCCGGUCAAGUGCUCAAGCAGCUCCAUGCCAAAUACCCCGAGCAGAAGAUUGCUGGACAGGAAGCCGAAUCGAAUCGCCGGGCGGAGGCCAUUUACAAUGUGUUAGAGAAGCACAGCAACAUCUACAAGAUUGUACCUGACAAGUCCGUAAGAUCGAGGAUGAACAUCUGCUUCCGCGUAUCUCGUAAUGGCGAGACGGAACAAAGCGAGAAGGAUUUCCUCAAUGCCGCGGGCAGCUGGAAGAAGGAUGUAAGCCUGACCGGCCUCAAGGGCCAUCGCAGCGUGGGAGGCAUCCGCAUCAGCAACUACAACGCCAUUCGAGACGGAGCCACCGAAGAGUUGGUCGAAUUCCUCGAGACUUUCGCGCAGUCGUAGGUUGAUUAUGUGCGAUUUGAGUUGAGCAAGGACUCCGCGUACAGUUCGGGCGACCAAGUCCCAUCAGCUCAGAGUCCGUCAUCAUCUGGAUCUGCGUAUUACUCGAGUGACUGAGGUGGAACAGGAAGAUGAAGCUCGCACUCACGCUGGUUAUAAAAACAACAAAAGAUAUGGGGGAAGGACGAGAAACCACCAAAAAGUAUUCAUUGUAUGUUAGCAUUUUGGGAACAGAGAAUUUCAACCAAAACCACUGAACCAGGACAAAAGCAUGUGCGACCUUGCAGG